GGGCAACGCAUAACGACGAAAAAGCCUGGAAGUUUUCGCAAAAAAGUGAUAAAUUUCGAAGGUUCGCUGGCAUAUUUCGAUCGGGGCAGCAUCGAGGAUACGUUUGCUCAACCGGCAAAUAGCUGCACCGUCGUGCAAGUGACCGCUUUUCGCCACUAAAUGCGUGCCCGUUUUCCACGCCGUGCUGUGUGUGGCAGCUGCCUCCAAACGACGACGACGACGACGACUCGGAAGGUGUUGCGUGAAAAGUGAAAAAAAACUUGAGUGUUUACUGUUCCCGCACCGAAAAUUGUCCGUCCAUCCGCGUGCCUCCCGUGGGCCGUGUUUCGGUUUUGCUGCCGAAUCCGGGAUUUUACGUGUUUCCAAACCACCUCCCAACCCCACCCCCGUGUGCGCGUGUGUGUGUUUACGGCGAGUGUUGGCGAGCGGCGCACCCGUGGUCGUUAAUGGUGGCGCCUGGUGCUAUCGGUUCUCGCCUUUGACCGAUUUUCCAACGAGACGUCGGGUGACCGAACCGAGUGUGUUUACUCAGCAGCACCAGCAGCAUUCAAAUUUCAACGACAAAAGUUUCGAUAUUCGUUGCGCAAGUUGGCCGUAUCGUAGGCAACCAUCGGUGGUCGCCGCGAGUGUGAAGGAGAGCAAAGAUCGAAGAGUGAGGGAAAGAGUGAGUGAACAUAUCGAAUCGGUUGAUAAGGUUUGCGAAACCGCGCAUGCAAAUAUAAUAUCCGCCUCCUAAUCGCACUUGUUUGCGAGAACCGUGUUCUGCCAUCAUGUUCUAGUGAGCAGGAGCACCUUCCUUCCUGUUGCGUGCGCGCGCGAGUUUUUCCCGGCCCCCUGGCCUACUGCGAGCAAAACAUCAAUGAAGCAAUAGGCGACGGCAGUGACUCUCCGCGCAGGGGCUACACUUCGGCUAUUCGUCCUCAUCGUCCUCAAGCGGCGCACCCCUCGCUCGCCAGCUUUGCGCGAACGCGAACAGAAAACAAUAACUUUUUUUUUCUUCCACCGAAACACGGAAGAAGCAUAGAACGGUGCGUCCCCUCGUGCACGCACCGUCGAUUGAUACGCGCCCGACAUCCGAGUGCGGUACAUCCGAUCGCCGCCGCGUCCUCACCUCAGGGCGGCCGCACGGCGCGACGACGAGGAAUAGGAGAACCGAGAAAUCUAAAUACAUCCAACACUGCGCCCAGUAGAGCGCCCGCCGGUAUCUAGAAAAAGGUGUGGUAUGCGUCUCUGCCUAUCUUAUCCCACUGGUGAUCGCGCUAUCAUCAUCACGACCGUCCCGUCGUCGUCAUCGUCAUCAUGCGCUAGCCACUUCCUCUGGAGCAUGUAAAUGUGCUAGAACAGGAGAAAGCACUGGAGCGAGAAAGAGAGCGAAAAAAAAGUGUGCCUGUGUGUGCGUGUUUGUCUAGUGUUGUGUGUGUCUCUGUUCGUUCGCACGUGCAGCAGGAUCAAGUUCGGCUCCUUUCGGGUUCGUCUCCUCCGCAGGGAAGCGGAGGGAGAUCGAAAAAAAAAGCAUCGAAGAAGCAUCAUCAGCGCACCCCUAGCAUUGCGUGCGCGCUUAGCCCCAGGCCGCUUAGGUGCGAGAGUUCUAAGUGCUUUUUUUCGUGAGUGAGAACGAGACGCACGACGAAUCACCAGAAGCGUCGAGCGAGGAAGCGAGAAAGAGAAGGAAAGCGAGAAGCAUAACAUACGGUGGCGGCGGUGAGCCACCACUCAACAUUCAGCAGGGGCCGUCGGGGGGAAACAAAACAUCUGCCGUGGAAAUAAUAAUUAAACACACGGCACGGCACGGCUCUGUGAACUCCGUUUUGCGUUGUGUAAGGUGGUGGUAGUGCGUGCGUACGGAAGCGGUGGAAAAGGAUACGGGCGAACAAGUCGUCACCGACGUGAAGGACAUUCGGAGAGAGGGUGAACGCAGGAAGCGUAGUGUUGAGAGUAGUGUCCCUGCGGGGCCACCGGGAAAAGGCCGCUCAUCCUUUCAGCGGCUUACGCAAGCGUACAAGGAUCUCCGAGCAGGCGACGGUCCCUUGCGCCCUGCUCUCGGCGCCUGCUUUGUGCCCAAUAAACGCAGCAUCGGAGAGAAAGUUGAUUGAACUUUUGCGCUAGCCCGCAGAAGAACAUCUUUCGGGAGGGAGAGAACGCAUAAUUUGCAUUCCAAGGAGGCCUUUUCGCGUGCCAAGGAAAUCUCUAGAAAAUGGAAAGCUCCGAGGACGAUAACUCGGAUCACUCGCAGGGAGAUAAGUCGAACAAACAGCGCUGGACCAAGCACGAGGAUGCUGCCCUAAAGACGCUGGUGGAGCAACAUGGCGAACGGUGGGAGAUCAUUUCGCGGCUGCUGAAGGAUCGCAACGAUGUGCAGUGCCAGCAGCGGUGGACGAAGGUGGUCAAUCCGGAUCUAAUCAAAGGCCCCUGGACCAAGGAGGAGGAUGAUAAAGUGGUAAGCCUGGUGGCAAAGUAUGGGCCGAAAAAGUGGACCCUCAUUGCAAGGCACCUGCGCGGCCGCAUUGGCAAGCAGUGUCGCGAGCGUUGGCACAAUCACUUAAACCCAAACAUCAAGAAGACGGCCUGGACGGAGGAGGAAGAUCAUCUCAUCUAUUCUGCUCACCAGAAAUGGGGUAACCAGUGGGCAAAGAUCGCCAAGCUGCUACCCGGGCGAACCGACAAUGCGAUCAAAAACCACUGGAACUCCACGAUGCGCCGGAAGUAUGAAGGACCACUUGCGGUACGUCGCAGAACAAGGCUACCCACGAGCGACCCCUUGGAUGGUGCUGCUGGCGCUCUUGGUGGUAGCACCACCCUCGGUGGCGAUAUAUCUGACACGAACGUCAGUAAUGGAGCAACUUCAUUACUGGUGCCAGCGAUUCUGAGCGAAACGGCCGGCGAAACGCUUCAGAACCUCAUACGCAAGAAUCGCAAAAAACCGUCGAUCGACGAUCGAAUGUUCAUGGAUGAUGUUAUGGUGCAGGGUAACAUCAUCGAUGGCAAUGUGGCGGUAUCGACCAGACGAGGCGACUUCCUGGUCAGCCCGGUUGCCGAUCGGAAGAAGCACUACAUCAUCGAGCCGCUCUACUCGGCCAAAGUGGACAUGAAGCUGCUGCUCGGCACGAAUGUCGGUGGAACGAUGCAGAGCAACAACAACAAUACGAUCGAAGGAAGAGGAGAAGGAGAAGAAGGAGAAGGGGACACGGAACAGGCGCGUUCUCAGGCCCCAGUUGGUACCACGCUCUACCAGAAGCUACCGGGCGGUGGAGUGCAGCAACUCGAGAAUUGUAUUCCUACCAACAUCAACCUGUACGACCUGAUUACUAGCACCAGACAGCAGGAUGCCGCCAACCAGCAGGACGGACAAGUAGACAGCAAAUUGACACCAAACAUUCUGCGACGGAAAAGGAAACUCAUCUCGGAGGAUGGAAUGAAUGAGUUGCAAAUACUGCAGCACCAGGAGCGUCAGUUCCAGCAGCUGAUGGGCGUUGGGGACAAUAAUGCAUCCGACGAUGAGCAACCAGCACGAGCCACGGGCCCAGGCGGUGGCAAUGGUGCCCGGAACCACCCAGGCUUCGGUAGCCACAUUAUGUCACCGUCGAUCACCCCCAUAAAACCGCUUCCGUUCUCACCGAGCCAGUUUUUGAACUCGCCCAGUUUGACCGUGUCCUUCGAUCAGCUUCCCGCUAGUACGCCCGUCAAACGGGCUGCACUGAAAAACGACACUAGUCUAUUGAGUACUCCCGUUCCUGCGAAGGAAGCUGGUGUGACUCCCUACAUCAAGAAAGAACCAGUGACACCGGGAACUGCGGCAGCAGCACCAGGAGUGAAUGUGAAGGCUGAUUCAGCAGUGCAACAGGAAGAUGGCAAAACGCAAACCCCUCUAAAAGAGACAAAACCUUCGCUAGAACCGCGCACCCCGACACCGUUCAAGAAUGCGAUGGCCGAAGUGGGCAAACGGCGCUCCGAAGUCUACGUUCCACCCAGUCCGGCCGUUCUCGGUGAAGACAUAGCCGAGAUUAUGAAUCAGGAGCAGGCGAAGGAAAAUUCGGCAGAAUCCUCCUCCUCAACGCUGGUCAGCGAUAGUUCGUCGACCGCGGCAAACAAAUCCCAGGACGAGGGUAAGGUGGGGAGUAAGGAAAACAAAAUACCUCCCGUAUCUAGUACGGCCGCCGGGCACGCUUCGCCGCGCAAUCAGAAGAAAGUGUCUACCUCCGUGUUCUCGCAGCAGUGGGAAAACUCCGAUAUGAGCUUCUUUGCGGAAACACCAAGUAAAUCCUUGAUUUCGGAGUCGGUCGCCUUAUCUCCAUCGCUUCGCGAACGGCUAGGUGAUACGGAGAUUUUGCUGGAGGAUGAGCUGAAAGACGGUACCGGCACACCGACCAAGCGGUCAGGCAAAAAGCCUGCCUCUACCCCAACGUCCGUCGAUCAUAAGUGGUUGAAGUACGCUUGUGGAAAAACACGUGACCAACAGGCCAUGUCCCAGCAAGCACAUAAUUGCCUCAAAAAGACAUCCCUUCAGCCGCGGUCGCUCAAUUUUUACAAAUAAUAGUGCAGCAAGUGCAGCAAGUGCAGCAGUGCUUUAUGUCAACACAAAAUCCCACCCCACCGGGGCCAUCGCAGAUGCAAUGAGAAGAGAUGAGCUGCAGGGAUGAGUGGGAUCGCGCAGCGAGUAAUUUGUAGUAAUAAUAAUGGGACACAGGACGAUUGCGCAUCGUUUUAGAAUGUAAGUUAAGUAAGAUAUGAGAUGAUUUAAGACGAACAGAUAAUACGUUUCGCGCUCGACCGGCGGGGGCUAGGCGUACUUAAUUAUGUAUCGACCGUUUAACUCGCUACGAUGAGUUUACGUGUAGAGAGUGAGCGCAAGUAGCAUCUAUGUUAACUAACCAAAAACCCUCACAACUCUAACACGCAAUUCGUACCAGACUAUCACCCCAUCUUUACUAAAAUUGAAUUAGUGCAGUGCAGUUAAUGAAAUUUGCGUCAAAAAUGAAUUGCUCGGGUCAUACAGUGUGAGAGCAGACGGAGGCGCACCAUAAUAGCUAUAAUAUUGCAUUCAGACAAGUUUAACAUAUUUUGCAUAUACUCAAUAUACUCUUUGCUUCUUUGUAUAACAUUUUCAAACUCAUAUCCAACGCCUUGGAGUGUAUGGCCACUGUCACCAGGCAUUUUGCUUUUUGGCCAGAAGUUAUUUACCAGUCUCAGCGCAAGUUUUGUCUCUAGAUGUUAGGAUUUUCGACGACUUUUUCGCCCGAUGGGGCAUAGGCCAGAUCAAACGAAGAAGACCCUUGUUAUGGCUUUUUUUUCUAUUCUUUGUUUUGGUUAUUUAUAUGUUUGUUUUUACUACAUUUAACUUUAGACAGACCUUCAGCAACUCCGAGCUAGGCUGAGCAAAAUUUUGUAAAUUCAAAAGCAUCAGAGGGACUACGAGUUUUAAGAUCCAGAUAGCUGAUAGUUAUAAUAAGGAUAACGGUACUGUUGUCGUCGCGCAGUAAACGCGGUUCUGUACCAGCGGUGCGAAGCCUCUGUAGUGUCCUGACAAUUCUGUGCUUUAGAUUAAACCUUGCUGAAAUCGUACAAAACAUUAAUUUUCUUGUAACCGAUACGUACCGAAUUUGAAUAACAUUUCAUUAACACACAGCUAUUCGAACCGGAAAAUCACUCUAUUCGAUUAUUUUAGUAUCAUUGCACGGUUUUUAAAUUUUUUGAAACCAAUUUUGUCUAGAGACAACCAAUGUCGCUCCUAGUGUGCUAGUGCGAAAUCAUCGAAGAAUAAAAGCCAUUUUGUUCACUCCUGCAGCUAACGGUUAAAA